GCUGCAUUUCAAAAAGGUGAAUGAAGUGAUCGCCUGUGAAGGAGUUUGUUGUCCCAAUCUGCCAGUUUUACCUGAAGGCAAACUGAAGAGAUGCCUUGCGAGAAGAGAGAGGUAAUGAUUCCUAUGACCGUCUUUGAAACUAACUCAGAGCCCUAUGCACCAAAAGAGGAUUGUUGUUGCCCUUCUGCCCCGCCAUAUUCAUGCCACGAAUCAUCAACCCCUGCUGAAACAAUCUAUGUGGUGUCUCAGCCUCCAAUCAUUGUAGCAGGAAUCUUUACAAGCAAGCCAGCAGGAACAAUAUGUCCAAGCUGUCGCCAACCCAUUACCACAGAGAUUGUCUACAGAAUGGGUAGACUGGCUUUCCUCCUAACCGCCGCCAUGUGUUGUAUGGGGUGCAAUAUGGGAUGCUGCCUUAUCCCUCUCUUCAUGAAAAGGUUCAAGGACGUAGACCAUUAUUGCCCAUGCUGCCGGUUUCAUAUCUACAGAUACAAUAGGCUAUAGAAAGCCAAGCCAACCCACGCCACGGAGACUUUCAAGGCCAAUUCACUUUGUUUUGCUAUUGAUGUAAGAACUCAUAAAUGAAUUUCUUUCUGUGAAAUAUGCAAAGGUAGGCCCCAAUCCUGCAAUGAAUUCCUCAGAGAUCUCAGCAUCAGGACAUUAGAUUGUUGCACUGAGUUUUGAAAACACCUUUAGAAAUAGUUUCAUGUCAAUGUGCCACACAAGUUUUAUUUCAUCUCUUGGAUAUUGUUACCUUAAGCUGUGAUCUGACUGGUGCAUAAUUAUUUUGGUGCUAUUGUACCUAUUUUGAAAUCCCCAGAUGGAACAUGGAUGGGAUGUAAUCUCUCCCAUCCUCGCUCAUGCUUCUAAACCCUCCACUUAUUAGAAAGUUUAGAAAUACACAUUUUAGAUCAGAGUUUAAUCUCUGACCCAUCAAGACCUAUUGGCCUCUGUUUUUGUUAGACCUAAAGCUUGGGUCAACCUAGCUACAUCACUCACAGCUGUGAAAAACUUCCUGUGCUGCGUGACAUAGUUAACUACGUCCAAAGAAGAGGUGGAUUAACUAAGCAACAGAAAACCUCCUUCCAUCGCUGUAGGAAAUAUCUACACUACAGCAGCACAGCUGCAGCAUCAGAGCCACUGUAUUGUUGACAUAGUCUUGAUCUAAGCUCUUUGGGGCAAGAAAUGUCUUGUGUUUGUACAACACCCAGCACUAGGAUACCUCCUGUCUGGGCUGGGCAUUCUGGGUUGU